AUGAAUGAUACAGGCAAAGCCACCGAUCGGCUUCUAGCUGUUGCCCGAUCGUUACAGCAUCCUGAUCCAAACUAUGGCUUACCCGACGAGUUCAUGAAAAAGCUUCGUGCUGCCCUUCUAUCAGACCCAUUGUUGCCGAGACCCAAUCCCUCCAUCUCACUCUGGCAAGAACCUGCUCACCCUACUGUAUCAAGCAUUCAGUCUCCAACCCUUCCACAGUACGCUGAUAUUGUUGUCAUUGGCUCUGGGAUAACUGGAUGCAGCGUUACCAAGGCCCUCCUCGAAGAUCACAGUCUGGACUCUACAAGUCGCAUUGUCGUACUCGAAGCGCGUACCCUUACCAGCGGCGCAACAGGCCGUAAUGGGGGCCAACUCGUCUCUCCAGUCGGAUAUCUCUACAAGACUAUGUGCAAAAGACAUGGAGAAGAAACAGCCAAGGAAAUGUGUCGCUUCAGCUUCAUGAACAUUCGACGGAUCAUGGACAUGCUCGACGAACUGGAUCCCGAGCUCCGGGAGUCCAGUGAGAUUCGACAUGUGCGUAAAGUAAUGGUUGCUGGGGAUGAAGAGACUUGGAACGCUUCGAAGGAGUCUCUGGACUCCUUUCGGGAGGCAAUCACUAGUCACCAAGCCCUCCAUCGUGUUACUGAGCAAGAUGGCUUAGCAAAGGAAUUCAACGUCAGGAAUGGCCAUGGCGUGAUCGACCAUCCUGCCGGCGCCGUCUGGCCCUACCGCCUCAUAACUGGCAUUUUCGAACGUCUUCUCGUCCAAUACCACGACCGCCUUUCGAUCGAAACAAACACUCCCGCAACAGCGGUAAAAUACACACCUGGCACGACAACUAACGACUCUUCUAUGUCUGACUACCCAUACGUCAUUGAGACUCCACGAGGUGACAUUCGAGCGAAGCAGGUGAUUCACUGCACGAACGCGAACGCUGCCCACUUGUUGCGUCCAUUAAUAGGAAGACUCUAUCCUUAUAGAGGUACAAUGUCUGUACAAAAGGCUGGUCCUCAUCUAGAAAACUUGGGCAACAGUCGAUCAUGGAGCCACCUGACUAAAUCCUCUCUUGAUCCCGUGUCAGAGCGGUUUGAUGGGGGCCUGUACUAUCUCCAGCAGCAUGCCACAACUGGCGAUAUAUGGGUCGGCACUGACUACUCUAAUGUCUUUGAUGUUAUCACGUCUGACGACACUGCUGUGCCGGGUCACUCGGUCGAGGCUCUGCUGAAGUUCUUGCCCAAAUACUUUGUAAAGGGGUGGCUGAAAGAUGAGAGACCGGAGUUGAAAGGAGUCUGGACUGGACUGCAGGGUCAUACAUCGGAUGGACUUCCAUUGGUAGGAAAGCUACCGAAGAGUGUCUCUGGGAGAGAAGGCGAUGGCGAGUGGAUUGCUGGGGGGUACAGUGGGUACGGGAUGGACAAGGCUUGGAUGACUGGUGAAGCAGUUGCCAGUAUGAUUUCAGGCAAGGGGAUUCCUGAAUGGUUACCGAAAGCGUUUCUUCUUACAGAGCAGAGACUCGAGCGAGACAUCACGGUGGAGAGAUCUGUAGCUAAGUGGGUGUCUAUAGCAAAGACUGGCGAUUGGUAG